AUGGCUGCCGAGGCGGCGGCUGCGGCCGGUGCUGCCACUUCUUCGGAUUUGUUGUACAAGGGGAUGUCGUCCGACAAUAUAAAAGGGCUGGUUUUGGCACUGUCUUCCAGCUUCUUCAUCGGGGCCAGCUUUAUCGUGAAGAAGAAGGGGUUAAAGAAAGCUGGUGCUUCAGGCGUCAGGGCUGGAGUCGGAGGGUAUUCGUACCUGUACGAGCCUCUAUGGUGGACAGGAAUGAUAACAAUGAUUGUUGGCGAGAUUGCAAAUUUUGCAGCAUAUGCGUUUGCACCAGCAAUUCUAGUUACUCCUCUUGGUGCGCUCAGCAUUAUUAUCAGGCAUGGAUAUUUGGCCAGUUUACCUUAUGCCGUACUUGCUCACAUUAUUUUACGAGAGAGACUGCACAUUUUUGGUAUUCUUGGUUGUGCUCUAUGUGUUGUGGGCUCGACCACAAUAGUCCUACAUGCUCCACAGGAACGUGAGAUUGAAUCUGUGAAAGAAGUGUGGGACCUUGCUACCGAGCCAGCUUUUGUCUGUUAUGCAAUUCUGGUGAUAGCAGUAGUCCUCAUUCUAAUAUUCUAUUACGUCCCGCAAUAUGGCCAGACGCAUAUAUGGUUCUAUAUUGGUGUCUGUUCAUUAGUUGGCUCACUGUCGGUCAUGAGUGUAAAAGCUUUAGGAAUUGCUUUGAAGUUGACUUUGUCAGGAAUGAACCAGCUGAUAUAUCCACAGACAUGGACCUUUGCAAUGGUCGUAUUGGUUUGCGUCCUCACUCAAAUGAACUAUCUAAAUAAGGCUCUUGAUACGUUCAACACGGCCGUAGUUUCUCCCAUUUACUAUGUCAUGUUCACAACCUUUACUAUUGUGGCUAGUGUCAUCAUGUUCAAGGACUGGGAUAGACAAAAUCCGACCCAAAUUGUCACAGAGAUGUGUGGGUUCGUGACUAUUCUUUCUGGGACCUUUCUUCUUCACAAGACGAAAGAUAUGGCUGAUGGUUCAAUGUCAAUGAGACUCCCAAAGCAUGCGAAUGAGGAUGGUUUUGGUGAAGAAGGCAUCCCUCUCACUCUCCGGCGGCAGGAAUCGUUGAGAACAACCUGA